AUGACGGUGACGUCCGGCAACCCCUCGAGCGGCGGUGGGCAUGGAGGAAGUACUGGUGCGGGAGACACCGGAAGCCAUGGACACAGCAACCCUGCCAUGGCGGCCUACUUCGCCCAGAGACAGGCGGUGACGGAGCGUAUGAUGGAGUACUAUGCCGCCGGAAUCUGCGGUCUGAUGGCGCUUUUCGUCGUCCUACAUUGGACUCGCUGGCUGUGGGCAAAGGCGGAAGGGUCAAACCGGACCGCUGGAGUACUGGAACUUCCAUUCGUUGCGUGCUCGAGACUCCUAAGGAACUUACUGAUCCGGAAGAUCACGGGGUUCAAGUCCGCUGGGCAUGCCAUUGUCGUCACAACCUACGUCGCCAUCAAUGCGGCCAUCACAUUCACCAAUGUCGAUACCAAAUCUCUGGGCAGUCUAGCUCAUAGGUUCGGCUGGGCAUCGCUAGUCAACCUGGUCUUGGUCGUGUUUUUGGCCCUCAAGAACACCCCCCUGGCCUUUCUAACGGCCUAUUCGUACGAGAGGCUCAACUGUCUGCACCGGAUCGCCGGCUAUACCGUGUUUGGUGCCAUGGUUACCCACGCCGCCUUGUACACAGCCUUCUUCAACAGCCAAGGACGUCUCCUCGCCAUUUACGCCGACAGGGGUCAGAUUGCUGCCAUCGUGGCGGGUUUCGCCUUUUUAAGCGUUAUCUUCUCUGCCGUGUUCCUUCGCCGUCUCCGAUACGAACUGUUCUACGUCACGCACAUAUCCUCUUGGGUCGUGGCCGUCGUGGCGGUCGGCUUCCACCAACCCGUUUUCGCAAACAAAACGCUCCUAGUCACCCUCAUUGCCGCGUCGACGUGGUUCAGCGACCGGGUCAUUAGGGCCGGCAGGAUCUUGUAUUACAGCGCCAACAACGAGGCGACACUGCACCCCCUUCCCGAAGGGGGCACCAAGGUCGUCAUGAAGAAGGUACCAGCAAGGGCCGAACCGGGGAAGCACUGCUUCGUCUGGAUUCCCGCCAUCCGCCAGUUCGAGACGCAUCCUUUUACCAUUCACAGGAGCUCGCCCGUCGAGUUCACGGUCAAGGCACGCAACGGAUUCACGAGCGACCUCCACAAGUACGCGGCCGCUCAUCCGGGCGCGACGGUGAGGGCGUCCAUCGACGGCCCGUAUGGCACGUUUCCUGAUCCAAUGGAUUUCGACAAGAUCGUGCUCAUCGCCGGGGGCGGAGGUGCUACAUUCACGUUUGGGCUGGCGGUUAACGUCCUCGAGAGAAUGGACCAAGACUCGCCAAAGGACAUUGUGUUUAUCUGGGCCGUCAAGAACCAUGAAAACCUCUCCUGGUUCAGAGAACAGCUGGACCUCCUGCGGGCGCACCCGCACUCACCCAGAGUCAAUGUCUCCCUCUACGUCACACGGACCUCAUUAUCGGAAUCGGAUCUGCUUAACCGGAGCGGGCACCGCGGGCCCGCUGUCGGUUCGGAUUCAUCCUCCGAGGGCACCGAUUCACCUCCCCUAUCGCCGGCCGUGUCAGACCCAGAGAAAAACGGCGGCACCCACAUCCCCGCAUCCUCGCUCCGUUGGCCGUGUCUUUCCCGGGGUGAUGUCGAGAAGGAGCUGGAGUGCAGCGCCCUCGAGACGCGGGUUGAGCGAGUGCAUGGCGCAGCGCUUGAGAAGAAGGACGCGACCAGCACCACCAUCGCCGCUACUGCUGCCCACGGGACGGCACACGCCUUUUUCGAGUACGCGGUCAUGGCGGGAAGGCCGGAUGCGGCAUCGCUCAUCCGCGACGCCGUUGGGAGCACACCGCGGAAUGGGCGCGUGCUGGUUGCUGCGUGCGGGCCCGACGGGCUGAUGCGGGUUGUCCAGGAUACGACGGCGAGACUGAUUGUCGGCGAUGGUCCGGCUGUGGAGCUGCAUUGUGAACAGUUUGGUUGGUAG